CAUGUUUGAAUCCCACAGGGUCAGAAAGACAUGCAUGUAUGUCAGCAUUUUGUGAUUGGCUAGGUUCUUACGCUGUUUGUGAUUUAAUAGUCCGAUUUGAAAUUAAGUGUUGACACAAAGUCACAUAAUCUCAAUGACCUUUGUAUGGUAUGGUGGGGCCACAAACUUUCCCUUACCAGACAAAUGUCUGCAAAAUUUGCCAUCUUUGCAGAGCUGUCCUUGUUAGUUCGCACCGAAUCACUCUGUAACUUGGCAACUUUACUGAAUUUUAAAAACCUUCCAUCUAGUAGCCUGUAAAUGCAGCUGUAUUUUCAGUCGUCGUGUCCAUUCACCCAACAUAUGUAAUUGGAGAUACAUCUGCAUCCACUUUCCGCAGUGGUGACAGAUCCUAGGGCUACCCUAAGCACUGCCUUAAAAAGUGCCACUCCGAGGACUAAAUCUAGCCAAUACACCCCAUAGUAGAGUAAUUACAGGACUCCAAAUGCCAUCAUCCUAUUUUGUUCUUGGCAUAUUUUAUGAAAAGAGAGUGCAGUUAUGUUUUAUGCAAAAAAAAAAAAGUACCGUGUGUGAUAACAGUUUUUUGAUAAACAUGGCUUAAAUUUUAAUCACCUGCAUGCCAAUAACAAUAAUAAUGAUGAUGAAUUAAAGAAGUUCUACAGAGCUUUCAUAGUGUAUAGAUUGUGUUUAGAUAAUUUGGAUAUUUAAUCAGUCCAAUACUGCAAGCAAAACAGCUGAUCAUGUGAAUCAGAAAAAGAUUGCUCAAAAAUUUUUAGCAAAUAAUUUGAUUUUAGUAGAAAAAGUAAAUGUAAUAAAAUAAUUAUUUAUGGUCAUAUAAUAAUACAAGAAUUUCACCAAAUCAUAUUAUUUACAGUGAUAUAAUAAUAAUAAUAAUAAUAAUAAUAAUAGUAAUACAAGUAUUUAACCAAAUCAGUGGAUAGCAGAUUUGCUUUCAUAACUUGAAACACUUUUGGCUACCUAUAGGAUGAGAGUAAAAUUGGGGUGUCAUUUCAUGCUAGUUUUAGAAGUUUAGCAGUAAAUGAAGCACCUGUAAAAUAAAAUACAUGUACAUGCUAAAAAGGUGACAAAAUUAACCUUAUAAGUGUUUACUGCUGGGUAGAAAUAUAUCAAAGUCGUACCCAAAUCAUAGAAAUGCACAGAGCUUUCGCAUAGUAACUCAUUUUUAUAUAACUGAUUUGGUUAAAAAUGAAUCAUACAGAUGUAUCUCCCCUUGGGGUAAGUGAAUAGCACUAGGUACACUAUAUAAUAUUAUUCACUGCCUAUUUUGGGUAGUGGAUAAUAUUUAUCAGAUGAAAACAAGUUCUUAUAAAUAAUAAUUAGAGGAAUAUCGCUUAUCACAGUUAUUUGAGGCUAAUUUUAUUUCCUGUGGUUGAUGUUCUGUCCAUUAGUAAGGAUGUCACAUCUACAUUGGGAGUGAUGUGUACGUGCUGUCAUCGUACAACCAUUUGCCAAUAGUAUCAAUUGAAUCUAGAAAGAGUAUAUUUGAAGUAUACCACUCAAAUGGAGUUAUGUUUUACCUGUACCAACCUUAGAUAAUUAUGAACCAGCUAGUGUUGACUUGCACUUUCAAACCCAAUUUACAUUCUUAUACACUUAUGAAUUUAGAUAGUUUCACACUGUAUGUGCUUUUUAUUUAAAGGCAUAUAUUUUGUGGUACGUGCAGUGCCCUACAGAGGCCAAUGGAUCUUUCUUUUAAUUUAUCUUGCUUUAUAUUGUACAGUGUAUAUUAAAGAUAAUAAAGUCAUUUUAUUCUUGAAAUUUUGUUUGGUGUCUAAAUUGUUUGUCAGUCAUUUAUGGUACCAAAUAAAAAUAAGAAACAUAUGGAUAAUGAUAUUUUGAUCAAAUUUGCUAUCUUGAGCGAAAGUGUAAAAAAGUGAUAUUUUAAUCAACUUUGUUUACCUUACUUAAAGUAUGGAAAACUGCUAUCAUGGCAAUAUUUGCCAUCCUGAGCAAAGAUACAGAAGAACUGAUAUUUGAUCAACUUUGCUACAAUGGGGAAAAGUAUGAGAAACUACUGUUUUGAUCAUAUCUGCCAUCCUGAGCAAAAUUGAGAAUAAAGUGGUAUUUGGCCAAAUUUACUACCCUGAGCAAAACAGUGGCAAACGCCUAUUUUGAUCAUAUUUGCCACACUGAGCAAAGAUACGGAAGAAGUGAUAAUUUGACCUCAUUUACUACACUGGGCGAUACACAAAUAAGGUGAAUUUUUGCUCAGAUUUACUAUCCUGGGCAAAACUGUUGAAAAAUGAGUUUUGGUCACUUUUGCUACAUCGAGCAAAAAUGUGGCAAAUUACUACUUUGACCGAAUUUGCUAUACAGAGCAAAAGCAUUCAAAAAUUCAUCUUCGAUCGCUUUUGCCCAUUUGGGCAAAAACCUGACAAAUGUCAGUUUUGCUAUCAAGUUUGACACCCCUGUAAAUGCCUUGAUAAAGUAAAGGUUAUCCUUGUUUUUACACACGGGGCAAAUUUGAGGCAAAUUCGGCAUUUACCACCUUUGCCACUAAUGCAAAAUUAUGGCAAAGUUGGUCCUAUGUCAUGUAGCAAAAUUGAGCAAAAUUAAGCAAAUGUGGCAUUUGCAGAUGAUUUGCUCCAAAUUUGCUAUAGAGGUAAAUCCGUUUUUUCGUCCAGUGUAAUUUUUAAUUUUCUGUGAUCUUAAAAUAUUACUUAUAUAUUACUCGAGUAGACUGUUCCACUGAGUCUACCAUAAGCCCCAGCAUGAGAGCUUACUUGUUGGCCUUGCCUCAUACGGCAGUAGUCUAGGUCAGAUAACUAAGCGAGAUUUAUUCAAAAUGGUGCCCUCUCAGUACGUGGGAGGGGCAAUACCGGUUUUUCAGGACAAACCGGUUUGGGGAGGACAGGAACUUGGCCACAUUUAUUACUGAGCUGAGAAUGAUGAUAAAAGCAAAAAAUUUUUAUCGAAAUAGAAUAUAUAGUACAUUUGAAAGGAUCAGAAUAGCACCAUGAAAAAUCCUUUCAAUUAUCUUUAUAAAAAGUGUGUUACGUCUCUCCAUAAAUCGGCCGGUGGACCACACAGGAGAGACGUAGCACACAUUUUAAGUAAGGUAAGCUGUUUUUUUAUUGAAAUCCUUUCACUUUCGUAGGUUACGGAAACGAUAGGUUUUUUUCCCAUACAAAUCCUUAUAUUUUGAAUGUUACGCAACAAUGCCGUUGCUCACCGAUGCUUAUAUUUCGAGCUUGGGCUACAUGUGAUUAAUGCCUCUGAAAAAACACCUCAGGUAAAACGUCGGUCCAUUUAAAAGUCAAAGUCAUCAGUUCUCAACAUUAACGAUUGAUCCUUGUUAAGUUAUUGGUUUUUAUAAUAAUACGUCAAAGUUCUCCCUGGGGGUUUUUACUGCAGAGCUGAACUAAUUUGUAUGUAACGGUGGACUUGUUAACUCGCAUAAUUAACUGACUACUGGCACGUGAAACGCUUAGACUUUAAUAGUUUUCAUUUCCUCGAGAUAGAAAGCAGAAGGCGGUUUUGUAAUAGUCAGGCAGAAAUGAAAUGGAGAGUUUUAGGUUCCACUUUGUGUAUGUGUGUGUGUUUUGUUUAUAUAUCUAAGUUUUAGCGCUAAAUAAUAAGAAGACAUAAGCUAAAUAGAAAUAGAGAGUUUUCAGCUCCACUUUGUGUACGUGAUUUGUUUAUAUACCCGAUUUUGAGCGCUAAAAAAGAUAUAGUAAGCCGUUUCUCGCGUUGCUAAGUAAUCGCUCCCGCUGUUAGUUCUAAUAGCGUAGCAUACGCCAUUGGGAUCUACUCAUCGGGAAUUAAAAUAGACUGGAUCAAAAGUUCCCAUUCUCGGGUCUGGGAACAAGCGUCCAAUAGAGCUUGAAGCUCAUCAGCGUUGGUAAUAAAACCCAUGGUGAUAAAAAGUUAUUAAACGUUUUCUCAAACACACGAACUCGAACAAAUUGCUUCCUAACAAAGCGAUUGCAAGAACGAUAGCGCUUUCGAAAUCUACCCGCUUUUAUUUUGAACAAAUCAUACGUCUUACAAGAGCCAAUCAAGGUUAAAAGGGACGGGGCAAGUCUAUUGUGCCUAUUGUAGUGGAGAAACGCUCAUUACAAAUGGAAGAAGGCACGUAAUUAGUUUGGAGGAACAUAUUUUUACCCAGCUAGCUAGACACUGUCUAGGCACAUAAUUAAUAGGCAGAAGGGAACUAAAUUUGUAUGCAGGAAGACCCUUACUCAUAUUAAUAUGAGAAGGGAAGGCAUACGGAAGGCAGGGGAAGGUAACAAACAGGAGUAAAAUAACCCUAUAUCACUACUAUGAUAAUUAUGAUUAUUUUUCCUUUUAAAAUUUCUUAACUAUGAUAAAGUGGUAAAUUUUUCAAAAUUAAGUCUUCUUUUUCCUAACUUCUUGUUCAUUGUCUAAAACAGCUUAUUAUUCAUUCAAGUGACCGAUCCCGUGGCCAUGAAUUUUAUACUUAAAACCCUUUAAAACUUACCUGCCCGUUGUUAGAAGAAUUUCUAGCUUUACAGACUGUCUUAAACGAAGCAACUUGCUAUAAAUGGCCCCUCUGGAUUAUGGCCGCUCUCCAGGAACCAAAUUUUCAGAUGUUACCAUUUAAGGGGAACUCCGCCCCUCUGAGCAUAUUCCUUGAUAUAAUUGACAGAAUGGCUAGCGGAUGCUUCUGCUUAAAGUUAAUUUAUUAGGAAAGACUGUAUUACAUACGAAAUCGGCCAAAAUUUCCUAUCAAAAUAUUAUUAGCAAGGGUUUUCUAAUACAUAAAGAGACAAAAAGCAAUGAAGAUGAAAACAUUUGACGUUUUGGCGUCGUCAUGAAGCCAUUAAAUUUUUACUAUAAACUACCAGGAAGUUGGCUGAAGAUCAAGGAGUAAAAAUUAGUCAAUGUGACACAAAUAUUUUGGCUCGAAUUGAGCCCAACUGGACAUUAAGAGGCAUCGUCAGUUCCCUAAUUAGCAACAUUUCGUGCAGUAAAAUCGACCCUUGUUUUUCAACCAAUUUCAAUAUGUACAACUCUUAAGAAAAUAAAUAAUAUGAUAUAAUGCAAACCUUAAGAGCUGUAUAAAGUUCAUGGAUUUAACCACCACCUCAAAAUUGCCAAAGAGAAAUACGUUGAUUGAAUUUUUGAAACUUUCUACAAAUUCAAAAGUGAGCAAUUCUAAUAGGAGUCUCCCCACCCUCCUCAGUCUAUUAGCUAAAGCUACCUGCGAGUUAGUCUCAUUCGUAAUAUUCGCAAUCGGCACUUGUUCCACAAAUGCGGCCCUGCUUCCUGAAUUGCGCGGCCGCCCAGUGUUUCCAUCAUCCUACUUUUAGUAAAACGCCUCAGGUGGAACUAAGAUUAUACAAGGACCUAUAAUUCAAAGCUAGAACAUUGCUGAUAUGUGCAGUCGCGAGGCCGUGAAUGGCUUUCAAAAUUAACAAUAGCUAGAAUCUUGAAAUGUAUGCGCGUUUGCACUGGUAGCAAGUGUUACUCCGCGUAUAGUACUAGAAUGAUGUGAGAAUACGUCCUAAAACCAUUAAUAAUCGAGUAGCAGCAUUUUGCACGCGUGGCAACUUAGCUAUUUUUUCUUUGGGGAGGCCCAUACAGUAAGCUUUAAUUUACAGUAAUCUAUACGGCUCGUGUAGAAAGCCUUUACAAGAGUAAGUACGCUGUCCCUCGAUAAAUACUUCUUACCAACUAUUUGUUUGACCUUGCAUAAUUAUAUACGUUAAUCGUUAGGCAGCUAUUUCUGAUAGCUUAGUUUCAACAUUGUGAACUUGAAAUUUAGCGUCAUGACGACACUGAGACGUCGUUCGUUCGUAUUAUCUUGUUUGUGUAUCAAAGAAUCAUUUUUUUAAAAAUACUUUGACUAUUCUACAACUUGACGAGCAGCAAAACUACUUGACGUUUGCACAGUUGAUCUAAAGAAACAACUUUUAAUUCGUUUCCUAUAAGAACUGAAUUUGAUCAGCCCGGCUAACAUUCUUGUGCUCUUACUUGGUGCCUUAGUAACACAAUCAUGACCGUAUCGUGAAUAACCGAGUGUCAGGAUCUAUUUCUACUGACUGACGCGAAGUAACUAGACGCAGCCUUAAGACCACUGUCAUUGAUAUCUCACCAUGCAGUUAAAAGCCGCACAAAGACCGAGAAACCUCAAUAUACUCAAUAUACUGAUUCGCUUGUAAGGUGAAGUGUGAAAUUCUCAACCACAUGCAGCUGGGAUAAAAAGAAAGCUGCAUACAAAUGACCAAAAUUGAUAACAGCGGAGCUCUCGCGCACCAAGCGCGAGGAGCAGAGCGCACCACAGGCAUACCAAUGUAAAAUAACUCAAUCAACAGGUAUGGCAACCCAAAUGCAACUCGAGUUUAUUUUGACGGGAAAUCGCAUAGCCACCGGCGUCUUGUGAAGCAGAGACAACUAAGAGUCGAAAAGCGGAAAUUGUCUCUGUAUCCGUAUUUUCUAAAGUAUUAAGCUCAGAAUAAUUGUCAUGUCCACAAAUUUGGAAUAUAGAGCAAGAGAAAGACAGAGAAAAAGAGAAAGUAGGCCACAGGCCAGCGAAGCUCAACGAGAAAUAGGGCGUCAGAGAUCUAGAACGAGAGAUGAAAAACAAAGGAGACUUUUUUUUUGUUAGAAUUUUCUUCCAGCAAAAGCGGCGGUGACAAAAUGAGAAAUGCCAGCGGUCACCAAUGCAAGGUGAAAUUGAGCGGCAGUGAGAAAAAAGUGAACGAGAAAACGUACGACAUUUCCUCAAUAAAACGUGUGACUAAGAAGUUUCAGUAAGUUUCACGUUGUAGUCCUGCAAAAUAACUGCAAAGAAAUGUACAAAAAAAAGUGUGCUGCACGUGCAAAGUUGCUUUUUUGCUAAUUAGACCUAUUGUUGUCUUUCAUCGUUCUCCGGCGUUGCCUUCGCCGCUUAGCAUUACCAGAGUUUAUAUUUUGUUUGAACAAACUAUAAAUAUUAUCGAGAGCUUCGCUCUUAGUCCUGGCGAAAUCUAUAUAUUAAGAUACAUGUAUAUCUGUUUAAAAUUAGUCAAAUAUCUGCCAUUUUUGGCAGUGAUUUGCAAUCCAUUUGUUUGAUUUGCACGCGCAGACGUUCCCGUUCUGUUGCUAAAUCAGCCUAUUAAGGCGCUCGCGACGUUUCAACAUGCCACGUUUUAAAACCGACCGAUUUAAGAAUAGCUUUAUUAUCUUUUCAUGUCUUAAAGCAACUAACUUAUAGGUUACAGUUUUCGAAUUUCGCAGCUUGUAUUUCGAUAACUUUUUUUAGCAUCUCAUCUCUUGUUAGCUUUUUUAUUCCUUUCAAUUAACAUAGAUUAGUUAAUGUUUAGAUCUAUAAUAUAACUUUUGUAACGUAAAUAAGUAAUUCAGCUUUCGAACUGCUAUGUACAAUUAUGAAUUAAUAAACUUCAAACUUCAAACUUCACACUUCACACUUCCGGUAGUUCGUUGAGUCCAUAGGGGUCCAGAACAAAACUGAACAAGGCCUAUUGGCGCUGCUUCGUAGACAUUAAUAACCGGGGUUAGAUUACGUCUGGGACGCAUGUAAUAAAGACCAAACCUCGUAGGAUGUUUACCAACCGCGGCAGGAUUAGCUCAGUCGGUAGAGCGAUUGAUUGCAGAGCGUAAGGUCGCGAGUUCGAUUCCCGGGAUCGGACCAAUACUCAGGGUCUUAAAAUAACUGAGACUAGGGUCCCGAAUAAGUACUUUCGUGCUAAAUACCUUGACACUCAAAUGAAUUGCAUUUUUUUUAACAAUAUUGACUUCCUCAAAUUAUGUUUUAUCGUUGUUAGGUUGAUGUCUACAGCUUUGGUGCUCUUCUUUGCGAAAUGUGCAUCCGACAACUUCCAGAUCCUCAGAAGCGUAACGAACAAGUGGUGCUUGUAACGAACAGUGUGUUUCGUGGUCUGGUGCGGCGAUGCAUGCAAAUAGAGCCUGGGGCGAGACCAACCAUGCAGGAGAUAAUCGAUGAACUGAAGGAAUUCGAUCCUAUUUCUUAA